AUGGAACCUAAGCAUCUUCUCACACCUUACAAGAUGGGAAAGUUUGAUCUAUCUCACAGGGUGGUAUUGGCUCCAUUGACAAGGCAAAGGUCAUAUGGCAAUGUCCCACAACCACAUGCAAUUCUAUAUUACUCUCAAAGAACCACUCCUGGUGGCCUUCUCAUAUCAGAAGCCACAGGGAUUUCAGACACUGCUCAAGGGUUUCCAGAUACUCCUGGGAUUUGGACAAAAGAGCAGGUGGAAGCUUGGAAGCCAAUUGUGAAAGCAGUGCAUGACAAGGGAGGUGUUUUCUUUUGCCAACUUUGGCAUGUUGGAAGGGUUUCCAACAAUGGGUUUCAACCUAAUGGUGAACCACCAAUCUCAUCAACUGAUAAACCCAUUAUAUCGAAAACUAGGGAAGAGGUAGACAUCACUGAGUUUUCACCUCCAAGGAGGCUAAAAACUAAUGAAAUUCCUCACAUUAUCAAUGACUUCAGACUUGCAGCAAAAAAUGCCAUUGAAGCAGGGUUUGAUGGAGUGGAAAUCCAUGGAGGAAACACAUACCUAAUAGGACAAUUCAUGAAGGACAGUGUAAAUGAUCGAGACGACGAGUACGGAGGAAGCCUAGAGAACCGAUGUCGAUUCGGUCUAGAAGUAGUAGAAGCCAUUGUGAAGGAGAUUGGAGCAGAAAGAGUAGGAGUAAGACUGUCACCAUUCCUUGACCUAAUGGAUGAACCAGACUCAAACCCUAAUGCCUUAGGGCUCUACAUGGCAGAGUCCUUAAACAAGUAUAAUAUCCUAUACUUGCAUGUGAUUGAACCAAGGAUGGUUUUAAUGGAAGGAAAGCUUCAAAUCCCUCAUGCAGUGUUUCCAAUGAGGAAAGUGUUCAUCAAUGGAGCUCUCAUUGUUGCAGGAGGAUAUGAUAAGGAUGAAGGUGAUAAAGUUAUAAGAGAAGGUUAUGCUGAUUUAGUGGCAUUUGGACGUUUGUUUUUGGCUAAUCCUGAUUUACCAAAGAGAUUUGAGGUUAAUGCAAUGCUUAGUAAGUAUGAUAGAAAGACUUUUUAUAUUUCUGAUCCUGUUUUAGGGUAUACUGAUUACCCAUUUCUUCUUAAUUAG